GUCGCACCCAGCUGAAGAUGAUUGUAUAGCUCGAACAUCCAGCAGGGCAGAUACCAUCCUAUUACAAUUCGGAAGGAUGGACAUCUUUGAAGAGCUCGAUGCCGAUUAUCUGGAAAACAUGAUAACCUCGCUCUACGGGACUUUUUACAGCCACUUGAUGGAUUUCACCACAGUAGAGGUAUCGAUUGUCCAUGAAGCACUUCCAUGGUAUUAUUUAUUUAACCACCUUGCUCUCACUAUAGGGCCAACCCAACACGUAUCGGACCGAGGGCUUCCUCGAAGGCAUCCUGCAUACCAUCCCAGAGAAUCCUCACAUUCACCAAUGCUCCUCACCCUCCAUGGGGUAUGUGCGCGCAUCGCCUACCUCUCAGGUGCGGGAUAUUAUGUUGACAAGUUGCUGGAGGAUAUGGAUAAUGGUGAGAAUGGUAUUGGACCUCAAUUGUCGGGUGUCAGUUACGUAGCAUCCUUUUUUGUAAACAGGAACUGGCAGUGGAUGACUGACCAAAAGGAUUGUUUAGGAGCCAGUCAUGAGCCAACUCCCAGUUCUCUCAUUGUCAGUUCUUCAUAGGCAUAAAUAUCAAUCCAGUGAGAUUGAACAUGAGAAACACCAUGCCACUUAUUAUCUUUGCCGCCUUGCAAAGGCCAUCAUUCUUGCUUCAGACAUGUGGACCCUUGCACCGAUGAUGACCUUUGUCCUUGAGUUCCUCCUUCAGCGGGACCCAUACCUGCCCCAGGAUCCAGGACAUGCUUAUUCUUGCAUCAGACAUAUGAACCCUUUCACCAACAACUUGUCUCCUAGAAGCCACUAUCUUCAGUGGACCCUCCAGCACUCUGGGAUCCUCUUCAACAUCGGCCUUCUGGACUUGCUUAGGUCUUUGACUGAAGGUUUCUAUUUGACCCCCCAGAUCCUCUCAAUACAU